GGCCACACCCCAAAUGGCGGAAAACGGGGCCCCGGCGCAAGCGGAAGCGGAAGUACGUUUGGUGCCUCCAUGUGCCGUCCAAGAGUGGUGGAAGCGGCGUUGGCUGGUGUUGAGUGGUGUGGUUAGCUACAGGGCAGAGUGUGAUUGCCUCGGUUGAGUGACACUCCCCCGUUCCACCAUGGGCAAGAAGGGUAAAGUCGGGAAGAGCCGGCGGGACAAGUUCUAUCACUUGGCAAAGGAAACUGGUUAUCGUUCCCGCUCUGCCUUCAAGCUGAUUCAGCUGAAUCGCCGCUUUCAGUUCUUGCAAAAAGCCAGAGCCUUGCUGGAUCUGUGUGCUGCGCCAGGAGGAUGGUUGCAGGUGGCUGCCAAGUUUAUGCCUGUGUCCAGCCUUAUUGUGGGGGUGGACCUGGUUCCUAUCAAGCCUCUUCCCAAUGUGGUGACACUCCAGGAGGAUAUCACGACAGAACACUGUAGGCAGGCUUUAAGGAAGGAGCUGAAGACCUGGAAAGUUGAUGUUGUGCUCAAUGAUGGGGCCCCCAACGUCGGGGCUAGCUGGGUCCAUGAUGCUUACUCACAAGCCCAUUUGACACUGAUGGCUCUUCGUUUGGCUUGUGAUUUUCUGGCCCGAGGUGGCUGCUUCAUCACAAAGGUUUUCCGUUCCCGUGACUAUCAGCCCCUACUAUGGAUCUUCCAGCAGCUGUUCCGCCGUGUCCAGGCCACUAAGCCCCAAGCCUCUCGCCACGAGUCUGCAGAGAUCUUUGUAGUCUGCCAGGGAUUCCUGGCUCCUGACAAGGUUGACAAUAAAUUCUUUGACCCCAAAUUUGCCUUCAAGGAGGUUGAAGUCCAGGCCAAGACUGUCACUGAGUUGGUGACUAAGAAGAAACCAAAGGCUGAAGGCUAUGCUGAGGGUGACCUCACUCUCUAUCACCGUACCUCAGUCACUGACUUCCUCCGAGCUGCCAACCCUGUUGAUUUCCUCUCCAAAGCCAGUGAAAUCUCGCUAGAUGAUGAAGAAUUGGCACAUCAUCCAGCUACCACUGAGGACAUACGGGUGUGCUGUCAGGAUAUCAAAGUGCUGGGGCGCAAGGAGCUUAGGUCCCUGCUGAACUGGAGGACGAAGCUUCGGCGGUUUGUGGCCAAGAGGCUGAAAGAGCAAGCAAAGGCACUGGACAUCAGCCUCAGCUCGGGAGAGGAAGAGGAAGAAGGUGAGGAGUCAACAGCUGGGGCCGUGAGGCAGCCCUCCAAGGAGGAGGAAGAAGAGGAAGAGCUGAACAGGACCCUGGCAGAGAUGAAGGCCCAGGAGGUGGCAGAAUUAAAGAGGAAGAAAAAGAAACUGCUGCGUGAGCAGAGAAAGCAGCGGGAGCGUGUGGAGCUGAAGAUGGAUCUUCCCGGGGUUUCCAUCGCAGAUGAGGGGGAGACUGGCAUGUUCUCCUUGCGUACCAUCCGGGGUCACCAGUUGUUAGAGGAGGUAACACAAGGGGAUAUGAGUGCUGCAGACACGUUUACGUCUGACCUGCCAAGAGACGACAUCUACAUAUCAGAUGUUGAGGAUGACGAUGACGCAUCUCUGGAUAGUGACCUGGAUCCAGAGGAGCUGGCAGGAGUCGGAGGACCUCAGAGUCUAAAGGACCCAAAGCGUGUACGAUUUGCAGAAGCAGAUGAUAAAGAGGAGGAGGAAGAAGAGAAUCCACUGCUGGUACGACUGGAGGAAAAGGCGGUCCUGCAGGAAGAACAAGCCAAUUUGUGGUUCUCAAAGGAUGGCUUCCGGGGAAUUGAGGAUGAUGCUGACGAGGCCCUGGAGAUCAGUCAGGCCCAGCUGUUGUACGAGAGCCGGCGGAAGGGGCAGCCGCAGCCGUCACCACCAACACCUUCACCACCUUCCAGUGUGAAGACAGAGAGAAAACCUCCCCAGUGCCAGGAGGAGGCCCCUAAGGAGGAAGAGGCUCCAUUGGAGACAGAGGGAGCCACCAGCCCUGGGGGGCAAGAAAGAGAUGACAGCUCAGACAGUGAUAGCAGCAGUGAGGAUGGAGAGAGUUGGGAACCACACCGCGGUAAGAAGAGAAGCCGUGGGCCAAAGUCAGAUGACGACGGGUUUGAAAUAGUGCCUAUUGAGGACCCAGUUAAACAUCGGAUACUGGAUCCUGAAGGCCUUGCUUUAGGUGCUAUUAUUGCCUCUUCCAAAAAGGCCAAGAGAGACCUCAUAGAUAAUUCCUUCAACCGGUAUACAUUUAAUGAGGAUGAGGGGGAGCUUCCAGAGUGGUUUGUGCAGGAGGAAAAGCAGCACAGGAUACGACAGUUGCCUAUUGACAAGAAGGAAGUGGAGCAUUACCGGAAACGCUGGCGGGAAAUCAAUGCGCGGCCCAUCAAGAAAGUGGCUGAGGCUAAAGCCAGAAAGAAGCGGAGGAUGCUGAAGAAGCUGGAGCAAACCAAGAAGAAGGCAGAAGCUGUGGUAAAUACAGUGGACAUAUCAGAACGAGAGAAAGUGGCACAGCUUCGAAGCCUCUAUAAGAAGGCUGGGCUUGGCAAGGAGAAACGCCAAGUCACCUACGUCGUAGCCAAAAAAGGUGUAGGCCGCAAAGUGCGCCGGCCAGCUGGAGUCAGAGGUCAUUUCAAGGUGGUGGACUCAAGAAUGAAGAAGGACCAAAGAGCACAGCAACGGAAGGAGCAGAAGAAAAAAAACAAACGGAAGUGAGCAGUCGGCAGAGCCUCUGAGAAGGCAGCGUAUGGACUGGGAGGGACAAUUCGCUGCGGCUGCGCAUUCCCGCCCUACCUUCGCCUGCAUGGCAGUCAUGUGAAGAGAGAGGAGGGGUACCUAGAACUCAUGGUGGUACCGAGUGCAGAGGAGGGCAUCCUCUGCCUGAAGGAAGGUUUGUUAAUGCUCUGCUGGAGUGUCCUGUUAGUGCUAUAAAAGACCCCACAACCUUCCACGAAGAAUGUGGGGACUAGAUGAAGUCAUACCUGUUUUAAAUCACGGGGAAGUUGUGUUGGGGUGGCUUUUAGUCCAUUCCUGGGCAAGUGGGCCUCUCAAGUCUUCCCCCAUCCUCUUCCAUUAUCUGAAUAAAACCAUGGUGGUUGAUGUCUGACAGUUUAGUUCCCAUUAAGUGGUAACUCGUGCUGCACUGUUCUCAAUCGUAGUUUACUGACUCAGGAAGUAGAAAUGACAAACAAUCCACAGGUCCCAGUAGUAAAACAUUUACUAGAGCAAGCAGAAAGGAAUGCACAUCUUAAAGAAAACUUCACAAAGUCACAAAAUUCAAAGUACGUAUAUUUCUUUUAUAAACAAGAUUGGGAAAAAAAAUCAUUUCAGCAAAAGAUUUUUCUACCAUGUGGCAAGUUAAAAAAAAUACAAUGAAACUGGAGAAGACAGUUAAAAGCUGUUGGGUUUUUGUUUUUUAAAUUUAGCAACACUUCAGACCUGGAGCAAUCCUGUUUUUAGGAUCAUCUUUUCCCCUUCCAUGGUAGCCGCUCUGGGUCAGGCAGGCUGCUGCUUCCGGUCUCGGGGCUGGAUACAAACCUGGCUGGGGAACCUGAGCUUCAACUCCCACUUGAAAUCAGACACCUCCUUUUCCUACAAAUGUCUGGAAGCUCCAAAGUGCUUCCCAAAUAUCCCUAACACUGUAACGGAUUGGGUUUGCAGAAGCCAACUCCUAAAAGGACUGCCUGGCCACAUAACUAAGAAAAAGAAUUUUACUUGUAGAUGUUUAUAUAAGGUGACAUUUUAGUAAAAAAUAUACACUACAUAUAAUACAAAGCUAGAGUGAGUUUUG